AUCUGUAUCUUUCAUUUUACACAUACAGUUCGUCCUCGGUUGUAACAUUUCGCACAGAAAAUGAUCCGUUUGUCCCAUUUCUGUCCUUCUGAGCGAAAACCUCAGUUAGAGCAGCUGCUUAUUGGCCGUUUCCUCAGCGGAGGACGCAGGCUGGCAGGUGUGACUGAACCGUGGAGGUCCACGACAGAGCGGGCAGAAUUAAGACUGGAGCCUGCAGGUCUGCGCACAUCAGCUCGGCUAUUUUACAGUCAUCCUGCGGUCUUACCGGAGCGCCGUGCAGUUGGGGGGAGGGGGGGUAUAAUCUGAGCGCAAAACCUGCGUCACGGCCUCUCGGCACGAGGCGCCACGCGGAGACCCAGAAUUUUCCCUCCGAGUAGCUGCGGGCCUUGCUUUCAGCGCGUAACGUUAGGCCGCAGGACGGGUUGCGCGACCAAAAAAAUGAUCGCCACUCCCCACUCGCAGCAGUCAGGGAGCGAGGAAUGCGUUUUUGCAGAGUGGUGCAAUCGUGCGGCGGAAAUGCAAAGAGGAAUGACGUGAUGAGCUGUCCUCCCACUUCUCUUUUUUCAGUUGUCAGAUUCUGUCUUACCGCACGGCAGCCGAGCGCUUGCUCCGUUUGUGCAAGAGGAACGCGAAUACGGACUAUUUCUUCAGCAGUGUCUCUGUAUGACCCUAGCGCCUACAUGCCUACGUGGACGAUUCCAGGAAGGACCCUUCUCAACACCUCUGAGGUUGUUGAGAAUCCAGUAGCCAGGCCGGAUGACGCAAGCCGCGUGCUCCAGAUGGUGAUCACGGCCAUCAUUUUCCUUGUCGGAAUCCCGCUCAAUGCCCUUGUUGUGUGGGUGCUGGGCCUGCGGAGGAGCCACUACAAGCGCAGCGUGGAAGGGCGUGGCGUGAGCAGCUUCCGGGUAUACGUGGUAAACCUGGCACUGGCGGACCUGAUGCUGCUGCUGCGGACGCCGUUGAUGCUGGGCUACCUGGCACAUCACAAAACGUGGCCAUUCGGCCUGACAGUGUGCCGCCUCAUUAUGUUCCUGCGGGGACUGGGGCUUUAUGCCAACGCCUUUCUUCUCUGUGCCAUCUCCAUGGAGCGCUGCCUGUGCCUGAUGCGACCAGUGUGGUUCCGCAUGCGCCGAUCUUGGUGGACGGUCCCGCUCAUAUGUGCCAUCCUCUGGCUCCUAGCUACGUCCCUCUCUGCCCCCUACAUCUGGACAGCCUGCCUGAUCAACGGCACCCAGUGCUGGGAAAGUACGGGUACAACGAGCCAGGGCCUCUUUAUCACCGAGAGCAUCCUGGGUUUCCUGCUGCCGCUCGUCAUCUUCCUGUCUAGCAACCUGGCCGUGCUUUUUACCGCGCAGCAGGCAGGACAGGCCAUGGCGUCUAGCUCAUCCACCUCGCAGCGCUUCGUCAGGCUCUACCGUGUGCUCUUCUUCACCAUGCUCUUCUUCCUCACCUGCUGGGUACCCUACUAUACCUUCCGCUUCCUCAUGAAACUGGCAGCAGAAAAGCCGGACUGGGAAGACCUGAAGAAGCACUUCGUUAACGGUACUUACAUUUCACUGUUCCUGGUCUACAUAAAGAGCGCAUUGAACCCCCUGAUCUACGUGUUUGCCACGCGUGGUCUCAGGCGCACCAUCCAAGCCUCGCUCAUCUCCACUGUGGAUCGCAUCUUCAAUGACGACACCUCCGAUUACACCCGUCGAAAGUCUCUGCGACGGCAAGAUUCACAGUUUUAACGUCCUUCAGCCAGCUGGACUGGUCACACUUGCGCCAAAGUGGCAUUACUCCUCAGUCAUGGAUUACGGGACUGACACAGUGAACAAUCUGUGCGAGUGCUGUAACGAACCUGGAUCCACACUACUGGGCCUCAGCCUUGGAAAGCCCAUGGCAUAGCCAAGCCUGUGAAUUUAAGUGGACAGAAAUAUAAGGACUUGUCGAAAUCAUAGCACCUGUGACCAGAAGAUUGCAGGUUUGAGUCUCUGGAGGGACAAUGCUGGGGAACCUUUGAGAAAGACACCUCAGCUUUCAAUCGCUGUAAAUGGACAAUAUCUUAGUUGCUCUGCGUAAGGAUGUCUUCUAAUACAUGGAAAUACUUGCAAAGGUGCCCUAACCUCCUAAAGUUUCAAAAGCGUGCCUGUAUGUCUUUUGAGACCUUGCUUAUUCAAUUUAGCAACAGCAAUGUGCU